UGGGGUCCUGCUCCACGGAGAGGGACAGCAGGGGGACUACAUUUCCCUGGAGCUCUUCAGGGCAAGGCUGCAGCUCAGCAUCAAUUUAGGCAGUAACCAGUAUGGAUCAAUUCAGGGUCACACUUCUGUGACCAGUGGGAGCUUACUGGAUGAUGACCACUGGCACUCAGUUGUCAUAGAGCGUUACCGUAGGAAUGUCAACUUCACUCUUGACCACCACACUCAGCAGUUCAGGACCAAUGGAGAGUUUGACCACCUAGACCUGGAUUAUGAGAUCAGUUUCGGAGGGCUUCCUGUAUCAGUGAAGCCGAGCUCAGGAGGCAGGGAGAACUUUGUGGGCUGCAUGGAGGGUAUCACGUAUAAUGGAGACAACAUCACUAACCUGGUCCGCAGGAAGAAAGUGGACACCUCCAGCUUUCGUAACCUGACAUUCUCGUGUGCUGAGUCCAACUCAUUCUCUGUCUUCUUCAACUCCACGUCCUUCCUGCGGCUCCCAGGUCAGAGUGACAGUGACACUCUGUCAGUCAGUCUGUCUUUCAGGACAUGGAACCCCAAUGGGCUGCUGAUGUUCACUGCGCUGUCUGACGGCUGGGUGGAGGUGGGACUUACAGAGGGAAAGGUCACUGUCUACAUGAAUAUUACACAAAAAAAAAACACGCGUAUUGACAUCUCAUCAGGUGAGCUUCAACUCAUUGGUAUUCAGAAUAGAGGUUGAGGAGCCUUCAGUUAGUUGAAAUAUUUGUCACUUUGCCAUCUUUCUGCUAUUCUCAAUUAUUGUUGUUAUUGUUGUUAAUUUUAUCCUGUUGAAAGUUUGGAGACUGGAGUAUGUUUUUUCUCACAGGUUCAGGUUUAAAUGAUGGUCAGUGGCACAGUGUCCAUCUGAAUGCAUUGGAGUACUAUGCCAUGCUGACAGUGGAUGGAGAUGAAGCAUCCACAGUCAGAACAGCCAUCCCCAUCCAGAUUCAGACUGGAGGAACCUACUACUUUGGAGGCAACUUCUUGCACACUAAUGCCCGAUCACUUCAGCGCUCCUUCCAGGGCUGUAUGCAAAUGAUCCACAUAGAUGACCACCUUGCUGACCUCAGGGCUGUGGAGCAGGGCCUUAUUGGAACCUUUGAAAAUGUCAGUCUGGAUAUGUGUGCCAUUAUAGACAGGUGUGUUCCUAACCAUUGUGAGCACGGUGGUCGCUGUUCUCAGACAUGGGACACAUUCAGCUGCAACUGUAGUGGCACUGGAUACACUGGAGCUACCUGCCAUACCUCAAUGUAUCAGCAGUCCUGUGAGGAGUAUAAGCACCUGGGGAAGAGCUCAGGGAACUACUGGAUUGAUCCUGACGGCAGUGGAUCUAUCGCUCCCUUCAGAGUCAGUUGUGAUAUGACAGAGGAAAAGGUUUGGACUACGCUGAAGAACAACUUGUCUCCUCAAACAUCAGUCACUAAUGCAGAGCAUGAGGGGAAGGCAGUGCUGCAUAUCACGUACAAUGUGACUGAUGAACAGGUUUUAACGGUCACCAGCACUGCAGAGUACUGUGAACAGUAUAUAGCCUACACCUGCCGAAUGUCUCGUCUGCUCAACACUCCAGAUGGCUCCCCGUUUACCUGGUGGGUAGGACGAGCCAAUGAGAGGCAUUCUUACUGGGGGGGUUCAGGACCAGGGAUUCAGAAGUGUUCCUGUGGUAUUGAACACAACUGUACUAACCCCAAACACUACUGCAACUGUGAUGCUGAUCUGCGCACCUGGAAGGAGGAUGCAGGCCUGUUGGUGUAUAAAGACCAUUUGCCAGUUAGUCAGGUUGUGGUUGGUGAUACAAGCAGAGCUGGAUCUGAAGCCAAACUGACAAUAGGGCCACUCAAAUGCCAGGGUGACUGGAACUACUGGAACGCAGCAUCUUUCACCAGCCCUGCCUCCUACCUCAACUUCCCUUCUUUCAGAGGAGAAACCAGCACUGACAUCUCCUUCUACUUUAAGACUUCCUCCACUCAUGGAGUCUUUCUGGAGAACCUUGGAACCACCGACUUCCUUCACAUUGAACUCAGAGAAGGCUCUGUGGUUGUCUUCUCUUUUGAUGUGGGCAAUGAGAGAGUGGAGCUCAGUGUACACUCACCAGUGCCUCUAAAUAAUGACCAGUGGCAUCGCGUGGAGGCUGAGAAGAACAUCAAGGAGGCGGUGCUGCAGCUUAAUGGACAGUACAGGGAUGUCAGGCCCACUCCCCCACAGGGACACACAAAACUGGCGUUCUACAGUCAGCUAUAUGUUGGUGCCUCAAGUGGUCAGAGGGGUUUCCUAGGCUGCAUGCGGGCUCUGAAGAUCAAUGGUGUGACCUUUGACCUGGAGGAAAGGGCGAAGAUGACUCCAGGGGUGAAUCCAGGCUGCCAGGGCUACUGCGGCAGCUACGGGAUGCACUGCAGGAAUGGAGGGAAGUGUGUGGAGCAGUACAAUGGGUACUCCUGUGACUGCUCCCUGACUGCUUACGAUGGACCCUUCUGCACAGAUGAUGUAGGUGGCUACUUUGAGACAGGAACCCUUGUGCGGUAUGACUUCCUGCCAGAUGUGGAAACUUUUGGGUUGCAGGGGGUAAAGAGCCUGUCAAGUUCUAUACCUAGUGAGGCCAACCUGACUCAGGAAGAGCUGGUGUUUAGCUUCAGCACCUCCAGCGCUCCGAGUAUUCUGGUCUAUAUCAGCUCCAGGACUCCGGACUACGUGGCUGUGGUGCUUAGGCACAACGGCACUCUCCAGAUCCGCUAUAGCCUUGGGGGACUAACAGAACCUUACACGAUUGAUGUUGACCAUCGUAACAUGGCCAACGGACAGCCACACUCUGUCAACAUAACUAGGAACCUAAGAGAGAUACAACUUCAGCUGGACCACUACCCUGUGUCUACAUACACCCUACCUGAGGCCUCUGACACCCAAUUCAACUUGGUCAAAAGUCUAUUUCUGGGAAAGGUCUUCGAAACAGGACAGAUUGACCCCAUCCUAAUCGAGCGCUACAAUACGCCAGGUUUUGUGGGCUGUCUUUCAAGAGUUCAGUUGAAUAGUGUGGCACCGCUGAAAGCUGCACUGCGCUCAAGCCUGGCAGCACCUGUCAGCACUCAUGGGAUUCUGGUGCCAUCCAACUGUGGAGCCUCACCGCUGACCAUCUCCCCAAUGGCCUCUGCUAGUGACCCCUGGCACCUAGAAGCUGCUGGAGUGGUUUUCCCCUUCAAUGAGGACAAGGCCAGUGAUGAUGGAGUGAAUCGCAACUCUGCCAUAAUGGGAGGCAUCAUCUCCAUGGUGAUCUUCACUGUCCUCUGCAUCAUGGUGUUUGUGAUGCGCCAUAUGUUCCGUCAUAAAGGCUCCUACCACACCAAUGAAGCCAAGGGAGCAGAGUCAGCAGACUGUGCAGACGCAGCCAUCAUCGUCAAUGACCCAGCGUUCACCGAAACCAUCGAUGAAAGCAAGAAGGAGUGGUUCAUCUGAACCCCUCCAGCAUGAACACUUGACGUUAGGAUGUAUGUAGUUUUCUAAGCAUAGGGAGUAGUAGUGAGGUCACCACUUGUGGAACCUUGAAGAUGUAGUGAGUGGUUUAUUCAAAAACUUUAUGGACAAUGGACAACAUGGCAUUACAGCAUGGGUAUUAAAGCAAAGGGCAGAGUAAUGCCUGGCAAAGCCUGUAUGGAGAUGUGGGGUGAUUUAUUUUAACUUUUUUUGCAAUUUCCAUCAUGGCAUUAAUGGUAAUGAUCACUUAUCCAUUAAUCCCAAUAAUCCUCAAUGUCUGUAGCAAUGCUCGUGUAUGCCUUUUUUUUUCUUUUUCAUAAAAGCUCAUGUUUUGCCUUAUUUUACAUUUCUUUCAGUAAAGUUUAAUUUCAGCCUUAAGACUAAAAUUACUCAGCAAGUGAAAAUUUGCGGAGUAGUUGUGACUGUGCGUGUGAGCUGAGUUGCUUGGUUGUCUGUGAAGGAGAUGUAGCCAUGACUUUGUCCACAUCAUUUGGACUUAGAACCGGGGGAAAAGGAAAUGUUACACUUUUUAUUUAUUUUAUUUUUUUAUUUAUUCUAUUUAUUUUUGCAUCUCCAUAAGUGAGUGUCUCUUAAUGACUUUUGAGUAUUGAUUGUUGAAGCUCUUAAUGAUUGCAUUGUUUAACUGUUUUUGCUUCCAAAUGAGUUUGGAAGAAUGAACUGAGUCCUGUCAGUCCACAAGAGCUCAACUCAGUAGUUUGUCUGUUUGUUUUUUUCAGAUUUCUGAGGCAGGGGUUGCCUUUUGUUAGCAAUGCCAGAACACAAUAAUGCAAUAAUGAUGUGUUUAGAUUGGAAGCGGGGCGAAACUGCUAGCCUAACUCCAUCACAAGUGAACCAAUACACCUUCCACAACUCAAAAGCUGUAGGUUGUUAGCUAGCAAGCUCUUUUCAAAGAGCCCAGCUUUGUUGGUCCUGUUGACCAAAGACUAGGUAAGACUGGUGGUUGAGACAAGUUUAAACAUCCACAGGAAAAAAAGAAACAUCUCGAUAACUAUUGCCCUGGUGGAAUGAGUUUUUUGUUUGUUUGUUUUUUGUGCAAUGUUGGUUCAAGAACGUGCUAAACGUAUUGGACCUGUCUAUGUGUUGAAUGAGAGAUGGAACUGAUCCUCCAAUUCUGUGCCAGAUGGCAAGUAACAAGCAAAACAAAUAACUCGCCAAAAUGCUUGUUUGUGAUUCCUACCAAGCUUUCGUUUAAUGGAAAGACAACUUCCCCAGUUUGUGAGAAAUGUUUUUUGCCAGUUGCUAAUUUAAUUAUUUAAUUUAUUUUUGAAUUAGACAUUCACUAGUGUUAAUGAUAUUGCUUUGGUCAGGCUUAGUGAAUUUGGACUAAUGAUAGUAUGGCAGAUAUGGCUGUGGCCAAGGACUGAGACUAGCUUCUUCUUGAUGGAGGAUGGUAACACUAACUCUUUAGAUGGACUGAAAGGACUCUUAGAUCAGGACUCUUCUCAAAUCUGUCCUGUAAAACCUGAGCUAUGUCUUUGAUUUUUAGAGAGUAUACUGAUGUUUCUACAAAAGAAUGUUUGUUAACGACAUACAGAACUACAUCCUGACAUUUGAUUGUAUUGCAUUUGUAUUCCUUUGACUGCACUGCAGUGUAAUGGCAUGCUGUCUGACACUGAAUGACACACAAAUUUAUGUUUGAUAAGCCACUGUAGCAUCAGAUUGCUUUUUCUUCAUGUUAUAUGUAUAAAACUUUGCCUGUU